AUGGGCGAGCUGCAGCUAACCCAGAAGCGCCUUGAGGUGGAGCGGGAGCUCAAAGCAGCUCAGCAGGCGCAGCUUCACGGCCUGCGGGACACCAUCUCAGCUGUCAGGCAGCAGUUGCUCCAUGCAACCCGGGAGAACACAGAGCUGCGUGCAGCGCGGCAGACUCAGCGGAUCAACUUCCGCAUGCCGGGUGCUUCGAAGCUGCUGGGCUCGCUGGCGCUGGUCGUGUCUUCGGCGAAUGACUGCGAUGGGAUCCUCGCAGGGCCUGAGUGCUGCGCCCCAGAGGAGGUCGGCGAGACGGAUUGGAACCCACUCCUCCAGGACAACAUGGUGAAGUUCGGGAAGGUCAUAGGGGAAGGAAGUCAUCGCUUCGAGUCCUCUUUGAAUCCUGCGCUUUGCGAUCGAGAUUUGGAGCAUUUCACAGAUAUGGUUUCAUUGGCUUCGGCGUCCGCGCCCAGCUCCCAGGCGCUGGGCGCGGCCUUCGAGGCCUGCAGAAGCCGCAGGGGGCGGCUGCUGCAGAUGGAUUUGCACCUCCGCGCUGGAGGUGCCUGCGAUUUGGAUCUGGCUGGUUGGUUCUGCUCCCCGGUGAGCUGUGCAGCGCCCUACGAGAAGUGGAUUCUUUCGGCGCGGCACUUUCUCCGACUCUUCCCUCACUGUGCCAAGUUCGCUGUACAGCCGUGUGUCUGGCAGAAUGCGGCAAAGAUGUAUCGCUUGGUGCACGUGAGGGACUUGGCCCUGGUGUUUCAGCACAUGGAGUUGUCCAACCUACCGUUGCAAGAGCACACCAGCCAGGUUGUGGACCCGUCGGAGUUGCUCACAGCCCUACACAGUGACUCUGACCUGCUCCCCUGGCCGUUGGUGCGGCCCUUCGCGGACCUCGCGCAGACGCGAAGGCCCACGCUGCGCCUCUCCGCCGCGCCGCCCGAGAAGUUGCGGCUGCCGGCGCUGGUGGACCUCUCUGCCCCUUGGGCGCUGGACCUCCUUUGCCAAGCUGCGAACGCCUCCCACUGCGCGGUGCGACACCUGCGCGGCCUGGAGCGCCUGCUAGGUCACGGUGCGAGGCUCCGUUGGCAAGACUUCACCCCGCUCUGUCGGGAGGAGUUGCUGAAAGCAGCCCCGCAGCUUGAGGCGCAGUAUGCCGCAGAGACAGCAGAGCUUGUCAGAGUCCUCGCCCGCGCAGGCCACGCCGUGCCGCCGGAGCUUGUGCUGUCUUUGGCCGAGCUCUGCGAGUCGCGUCGCGCCCGCGCAGAUGAUUGGAAAGGCCGGCGCAGCUGCGUGACUGCGGAGGCUCCCACAGGAUGCAGCUGCAGGAACCAGCCAGCGCCCUGCUUCCCACGCACCGCGCCCUGCGCGGUGAGUUUCAGCGGGGCUCAGCGCCGGGCCGUGGUGGCGGCCUUCGACUUGCAGAUCCCACUGGAGCAGCCGUAUAGGACUUGGGGCCUCCACGCGGCACCUUUGGACUUCUUGCUCAACUUCGAUCUGCGUCGCACCACGGGGCCUCGCCCGGAUCGCGUGUUGCUCCUGCCGCCGGAAAAAUUGGCGAAGCACCCCCUGCGUGAACGCACACGAAAGAGGCUGCAGCGGGCACAGAUUCGGGUCAUUGAGGUGCCCUGGAUUGAGCCCCCAGAUAUAUCAGCAUCUGUGGCUCGGCGGAACCGCGAGAACCACUUCGGCAACAGGGAGUAUAUUCGUUUGCAUGCCAUGAAUUUGGACGAGUACGAUGUCAUUGUCUACUUGGACACUGACGUGCGCAUCGUCGGGGAUCUUGCACCUGCCUUCAACUGCGGUCAGCAGAUGUUCCUCGCCACCGGAAGUCUCAUCGCGCCAUUGGACGGGGGCUUCUUCGCGGUGAAGCCCAGCAGGGCCUUAUUCAGCGCGAUGCUGGAAGUCUUGCAAAAGAUCCGCUACGACCGGGAGACUGGAUGGAAUAGGGCACGACCGCGAGCGACCUUGACAUCCCGAAGAUUCUGGAUUUGUUGCCUGGCACUCCCCGCAUCGUGAGCAGGAAGAACGCUUUCUACUGGAGAAAAGCUAAGCAGACCCCUGUACUUGCCACCGACCAGGCGAAGGCAUGGCAAAUGGCCACGGCCUGGGAUGCAAAUCUGGGAAAUAUCGUUUGGGAGUACGGCGCACUCAACUUGCUCAAUCCUUAUGUGACAGCCUGUUUACCUCCAAAUGAUGUUUCGGCGGAUGCGGAUGCCUGUGUGCUGCCCACUGCUAACUUGCUCUACAUACCCGAGAACUCAACCGAGUUGCCCUCAUCGGUGUCCGGAUUGACUUCUUUUUUCACCCAGCAAGUCCGGCAGUUGAAUGUACCAUCAAUUCUCAUUGGAAUUGGCCUCCAAGCAGAACUGCCAGACGACCAAGACAUCCCGCAGGCAGUUGCCUCUAUGCAGCUGCAUGAGAGCUCAGUCAGGUUGCUGACUGAGGUUGCCUUGAGAGCUCCACAUGGUUUUAGCGUGCGUGGCAACGUGACGUCUCACUUGUGCAAGCGAGCAGGUAUUCUCAGUGCAUGUGUGCCGUUGGGCUGUCCCAGCUUCACCAUCAAUCGAGAAGCAAAUCUGGGGUCCGUAUUGCAGAGAGACUGGGACCGAGCUGUGCAGAAAAGUCAAUUGGGCUCUCUGAGGAUCGCAAUCCAUCUCCCACAGAUGCAACUUGGCGGGCGUUUCCAUACAGAGGUGUACAAUUUGUUGAUCGAGUUGUAUCGUACUUAUGACGGUUUCUUUGUGUUGCAAUCAAGGUAUGAUUAUCCCAGUUUGAAAAGUCGCCUUCUGAAAGCCGGCAGUGAAUGGAACACAUCCCGGAUCAAGUUCUUUGUGAACAUGGAAGAUUGGAUGCAUGAACUGAAGCAAGUGGAUUUUGUGAUAGGCUGUCGGAUUCAUGGAACUAUGGCGGCUGUGUCAGCAGGGAAAGCAUCCAUUCUACUGGCCACAGACUUUCGCACUCUGGAGAUGGCGCAAUCUAUGAACAUUCCACACUUGCAUGGUGACGAACUGAGCAAGUUGGUGGCAAACAACUUUAGCUUGCCAGACUUGAUUGCAAGGACGGCAGGUUCUUUUGAUUUCAAGCUGCUGGAGCAAACGCGCCUUGCUGCAAUACAAAAGUAUCAUCACAUACUUCAGGGAAUCGGCCUGGAGAUUCAUCCUGAGCUUGAG